AUGUCGUCGGAUGCUAAUUCGGACGACCCAUUUUCCAAGCCAAUCGUCCGAAAAAGAUUCCAAGCUACACUAGCACAACAAGGUAUAGAAGAUGAUCAGCUACCAUCAGUACGCAGUUCCGACUCCCCAGAUGUUCCUGACACUCCAGAUGUACCUGUGAAUCAGCUUUCAUCACCACCACUAAGCCUUCCGGAAACGCUUUCAGAAGGAAAUGCUGAAACAAAUCUGAGCGACGACAGCGAGCCGGAGAUGCUGAGCCAAUCUUCCACCUCCUCCCUGAACAGAAGAAUGGAAGAUUCGGCAAUUGAUCCGUCUAGGGGGACAAGGAAAUCUCAAAGUCGAGGAUUCGAUUACGAUCCGGCUGGUGAGAGGACAACGGCUCCUGUUCAGAAGAAAAAAAAAGAUGAAAUUGACAUGGGUGGUGCGAAAUUCUUUCCGAAACAAGAGAAGAAGCACGUUUAUACACACAAAUGGACAACAGAAGAAGAUGACGAAGAUGAGAAAACUAUUUCUUCAUCGUCAAAUCGCUAUUCCAGUAGACCAAACCAGCCAGCAGUCUCUGCACGACCGCGUCAGCCGGUUUAUGCGACGACAUCCACCUAUUCGAAACCUCUUGCUUCUGGGUAUGGAUCUCGUGUCAGGCAUAUCAAGGAGGCUAAUGAGCUGCGGGAAUCCGGAGAAUACGAUGAUUUUAAACAAGAUCUCGUCUACAUUUUGAGCAGUUUGCAAUCUUCCGACGCAUCGAUGAAAGUCAAGUGCCUCAGUGCAAUAUCUCUUGCGAAGAAGUGUGUCUCUCCAGAUUUCCGCCAGUUUAUCAAAAGUGAGAAUAUGACAAAAAGUAUCGUCAAGGCGCUUAUGGACUCUCCGGAAGAUGAUCUAUUCGCGCUGGCAGCUUCGACAGUUCUCUAUUUGCUCACAAGAGACUUUAAUUCAAUUAAAAUCGAUUUUCCAUCGUUGAGACUUGUCUCGCAACUUCUGCGUAUCGAAAAAUUCGAGCAACGUCCAGAAGACAAGGAUAAAGUUGUGAAUAUGGUCUGGGAAGUGUUCAAUUCGUACAUCGAAAAGCAAGAAGUUGGAGGACAAAAGGUGUCAUUUGAUAUGAGAAAGGAAAGCUUGACUCCAUCAUCACUGAUAAUUGAAGCUCUCGUUUUUAUCUGCAGUCGCUCUGUGAAUGAUGAUAAUUUGAAAAGCGAAUUAUUGAAUCUCGGAAUUCUCCAGUUUGUAGUUGCGAAAAUUGAAACAAAUGUAAACUUGAUUGCGGACAAUGCCGAUGAUACGUAUAGCAUUUUGAUUCUAAAUCGAUGUUUUAGAAUUUUGGAAUCAAGUUCCGUUUUCCACAAGAAGAAUCAAGCGUUUCUGAUAUCUCAUCGAUCGAAUAUUCUUAUCAGCAGCCUGGCCAAAUUUCUCCAAGUAAUUCUCGAUAGAGUUCAUCAACUUGCAGAGGAAGAAGUCAAAAAGUACAUCUCGUGUCUGGCCCUGAUGUGCCGUCUUUUGAUCAACAUCUCGCACGACAAUGAGCUAUGCUGUUCGAAACUUGGUCAAAUUGAAGGAUUCCUACCAAAUGCGAUCACAACUUUCACAUAUUUGGCGCCGAAGUUUGGGAAAGAAAAUAGUUAUGAUAUCAAUGUGAUGAUGACUUCACUUCUGACCAAUCUUGUGGAACGAUGCAAUGCGAACCGAAAAGUUCUGAUAGCCCAGACAGUUAAGAUGGUGAUUCCCGGGCACGACGUUGAAGAAGUUCCAGCAUUGGAGGCGAUCACACGGCUAUUUGUCUACCAUGAAUCUCAGGCUCAAAUUGUCGAUGCCGAUCUGGAUCGGGAAUUGGCGUUUGAUGUAUGUUGAAUUCAGACCCGACGAAAAGGAUAUUAACGAAAAAUUGGCAAAUUAACCGACAAAAAAUUUAAGAUUUUGAGUUCUAAAUCCCUGGCAGUUCGUAGAGUCUGCAGGAGUUGUGGCAAACUACGCAAGACUCCUGAAAAGUUGCGCAAGAUUAUGCAGGAGUUGUGCAAGAUUGUAGCAAGAAUCCAAAACUUCUAUGCUACAGUACACAGGAGUUUCACUUCAUCUGGGACUGUUUUAUUGUAGAACACGCUGGUCCCGUGCCAGAUACCCUUUGAAUUAAUAAUCAAGAUAAGAUUUAAAAAAUAACAAAAAAUAUUUUUCAGGAAGGAGGAUGCGGAGACGAGGAAGAAGAAGAAGAGGGUGGAGACGAAAGCAGUGACGAGGAUGGUGUCAGGAAAGACGGACGGCUUGAUCGGAAUAAAAUGGACAGAAUGGAUCAAGUGGAUGUAGUUCAUGCUCUUCAACAAGUCAUGAACAAAGCCUCGGCUCAUAUGGAAGGCAGUGUAAUCGCUUCUUACCACGCUCUUCUCGUCGGAUUCGUUCUCCAACAGAACGAGGAUCAUCUCGACGAGGUUCGGAAGCACCUGCCUGGCAAAAACUUCCAAAAUAUGAUAUCGCAAUUGAAGCGGUUGUACGAUUUCACGAAAGCUACGAUGGCGAAGCGGGUCGAAUCAAAUUCGGGAUUCCGGGCUAUCGAGCGUGUGAUUGAGUACCUCGAGCGGCUCGAGUGAUUUAAUGUUUAUUUCUUGAUUCUUUUUUUUCUGUAUAAUGCUAAACUUUUUCUCAUUUUUCAAUUCACCUGUAUCACUUAUAGCACACUCUUUUUCCCCUGGCACAUUUUUCAGGUCACUUUGAUCUCGGUUAUUUUGUUUUUUUUUUGUUGAAAUGUGUCCCUAUUUGAUUUUAUGACGAGGAUUGGUGAUUAUUUUGUGAAUUUAUGAUAAAUCCGUGAUUGUCUAAA